UAAAUAAUUUUUUUUAAAUUAAUUAUUAAUUACUAAUUAAAAUUAUAUUUUAAAUUUAAAAAAGAAUAAACAGUUAGCGUCACUAUACAAUAAAAAUAGCAACAAUUAAAAUGGCAACAAUACUAACAGAAGUUGAUGCAAAUGCAGUUAUCAAAAAAUUAUCAGAAAUUAUUGAAAAAAGUGCUAAUGAUGCGAUUGAUACCGGUGACACCUUCAAAAUUGGAUUGUCAGGUGGUUCAUUGAUAAAAUUUUUAGCUGAUGGUUUACCAACAAUUAAAACAGAUUGGUCUAAAUGGCGUUUUUUCUUUUGUGAUGAACGUGUUGUACCAUUUGACAGUGAAGAUUCAACUUAUGGAUUAUAUAAAUCAUCUUUAAUUGGAAAAAUUCCAAUUACUGAGGAACAAUUUAUAACAAUUGAUCCAGAAAUGAAUGCUGCUGAUGCUGCAAAUGAUUACAUCAAAAAAAUGUCUGUACAUUUUCCACCAGAUAGUGUACCAAGAUUUGAUAUGUUGCUAUUGGGAAUGGGACCAGAUGGUCAUACUUGUUCAUUAUUUCCUGGGCAUCGUUUACUUGAUGAAACAUCCAGAUGGGUUUGUCCAAUAACUGAUUCACCAAAACCACCACCAUCAAGAAUAACACUUACAUUUCCAGUUAUAAAUAAUGCCAAGACAUGUGUCUUUGCAAUGACUGGAGCUGGAAAGAGUGAAAUGGUCAAGAGAAUUUUAAAAGACAAGGAAGAUUUACCUGCUGCAAGAGUUCAACCAAUAAAUGGUACACUUUAUUGGAUUGUUGAUGAAGGUGCUGCAAGUCUUUUAAAUUAAAAAAAAAAAAAAUUCCAUUGUAUAAAAAAACAAAAAGAAAAUCU